AGGCACUCUCGAGCCUCACCCUGUGAAGCCCGAGUUCGCCUUCGUGCUCAGCAAGCAAGCCAGCGAGUCAGCGAUCCAACCAGCCAGCCAGCCAACGUCGUACAGCGUCGCCGCCCCCCGCCCUCCUAGCCAGCACCUCUGACCUGACAGUGUCAUCACUUCUUUAAAAUGGCGGCCGGGUUCGGUGUUUUCAACGUGAUGAGCCACGUCACCCCCUUCGUCGCGGCCCGCGACAUAACCCUAGGGCAACACUUCGUUGCCGUGCGUAUGGGAAAGACGACCACUAAGUUCGGGGAGCGCCUUUAUUGCGAUCAUUUUGAUAAAUACGGGAAGAAAAUGAGGCUAGUUCUACCAAAACGCUAUGAUGGCUUUCCUGAUCGCGAUAUCGAUGAAAUCAAUGAACAAAUAGAUGACGGGAAGCCCCCCGUCAUUGUGCCCAUAAAGAAAAUAGGAGAGGGGUUUAUUUUUCAAAUAUACCCCUUCGGCGAGGUGCCGGAGCUCCCCGCGGCCCGUCGCGCAGUAGAGUCAGCGGCAGCAGCACCCCCCGCCGCGCUUUAACAACAGCACCUGAUUGUCGCAGCGCUGGGCCCGCUCCUCGCUCUUCAUGUCACAAUGGCAACGGAUUCGCGACUUCCUGGACUUGGUCAACGAACCCAACAUGCACCAGCAGCACCAACAACACGGCGACGGUGGAGAAGAGAACGAGCAAGAGUCCUCUCCCGAAGUUCUGCUGGAAGGCAUUUCAUGGGUAACAAAUGAAAUAUUCAAUGGGUUUCUAAGGACGCACACUCUCAAUGUUAAUCUAAGCGUUGACCCGGCUAUUGUACUUAUUGGGGAAAGGGAGAGAGCGUGUGAACUUAUAACAAUAGAUUUUAUGUAUCAUAAUGGAGUUAAAUUUCAUCUUAAUCUUAAUGUCGAAAUGACAAAAGUUGAAUUGACAACGGGGGAUAUAACUAGUACAAAGCCAUAUUUUGCAAGUAAAACAGUAACCGUUGUAAACAUUGAUCAAAUAUUUAAUUUCUAUGAAGAAUGUGUAAUGCAAAUUUCUGAAAAAAUUGCAAACUUUAACGAGAAUGGGUCAAAUUUUACUGUGUACAGAGUAAUUAAGUUUGAAAUUCAUACUGUGGGAUAUAGGCCACUGUCUGCCGGCAGUUUCCUUCCUCUUCCUCCUCAUGUUCAAAGUAAAAAAGCAUGUAUAAAUUUAAAAAACUCAGAUAACAGAUGCUUUCUCUAUUCAGUGCUACUGGGUCUGAAUAUAGAAAAUGUCAAUGUUAAACGAGUUGCAGAAAAACCUUCUCUUCUCCUUAAGUACGAGGAUCAGCUUGAUAUGACUGGUAUUAAAUACCCUGUAAAACUAUGUCAAAUUAACAAAAUUGAAAUUCAAAAUAAAAAUAUCGCAUUAACAAUAAUUGGAUACUCUAAAUCUGACGGUUUUUUCCCUUUGCGAACCUCUAAGGCGCUUCUUGAUCCGCAUAGAACUCGUGUGGAUCUGUUAUACAUUAAACCAGAAACCACUGAUGGUAGUGCUAGGAAGAGGAAGAGGAAGGGGAGGUCUCCAGGCAGGUCGUAUGUGCUAGACGAGGCCAGGGAUGACGAUGACGAUGACGAUGAAGAGGAAGAAGAGGAGGAAGGGGAGGAAGAAAAUGACGGAGAGACUAAAAAUACUGGUCAUUAUAUUUUUAUUAAAAAUCUCAACCGUCUCCUCUCCCAGUGUAAGUCGAAAAAAAAUGGGCGUAAAUUCACCUGUCGGAAUUGUUUCUAUCAAGCAAGUUUUAAAUUAUAUCUUACGGCUCAUGAAAAACAUUGUCUAUCAAUGGACUGUCAAAGGAUUGAUUUCCCCCUGAAGGGAAAAAUGAAAUAUCUUUCAAACAUGCACGUUACACUUUAAAAAGACCUUACGUCUGCAUAGCUGACUUUGAAAUGUUCGUGUUACCUGAGGCGCACGGCCAAUCGCGUCAUGUGCCUAUGGCUGUUUCAUUUC